AUGACGAUAUCUGGUAUCCUGCGGCCGACGGCUGCCUUACGCAGUUUUCGACGCCUUGGCUGGCCCUUCCUGCGCCUUUUUCCUGUUUUUCCAUGCUUUUUCUCUUAUCAGCUUCUUUUUUCAUGAUAAUAAACUUUUUUUCGGGGUAUUUUUGUCGAGAUUAAGCGCUAGUGAUUUGUUAUUUUUGAAGAAAAAUGCAGUUUGAAAAAAUCUCGGAUCCUUACAGGUUGUUUUUCCUUGUCGAAAACGUUUGGCGACUUAAUUUAUUUUUUUCGGAAAACUCACAUUUUUUUAAUUGAAUAACCCUCAGUCGUUUUUUUCCUCUUUUUUUCUAUUUGAUUUUUCAGUUACGUCCACUUUUUUUGUGGAAAUCAGCUUUAAAAUGCAUCGAAAAUCAUGAAUUUCCAUGAAAAAUGACUUCGAAAGAAAUUCAUGAUCAUAACAUCAGUGAUAAUUUUGUCCCGCCUUUGGAUUUUUCAUCACUUUUUGAAAAAAAACAUCCAAUUCGAUUUUUGCCUUAGUAUCAAAACAGUAAGAAAAAAGGUUUUCAGAGAUCUCGAUCUCAUCUUUUCAACAAGCUAUGAAAAAUAACUGACCCAUCACUUCCUAUAUCUCACUUUUCGGCGGUAACUUAUCAAUCCGCGCGAAACCGCACUUUUUGAACAUCACCGACAUGUGACAGACAAUCCGGGCGGCCAAUCGCUCAGAUCCGAAUCUAAAACUUCCCUGUCUAAUGGGCUUCAAAUGGACAACCGUUUUUCAACAUGCCUCUUUUGGCGGCUUUCUCUUGAAGCUUCGACACGAAGUUUUAUGGAAAAUGAAGAAAAAACGACAGGAAAAAAAAGUUACGAGGCUGGACUGUUGGCUACGUUCACGCCUAUUAACUCGGUCAGCCUUUUGCGGAACAGUUCCUCGUUCUCGCUCUUUCCAUAAUUACUUGCUGAACUUGCUGAAGUUCACUUCUUUUAUGUGUAGCUUUGGACGAGGUUAGCUUCCUGUUUCCAUGUUUUUACUGGACGUUAAAAUGGUCAAAUUAUUCGGAUCCAGUAUACAAAAAAUGUUUUUUUUUCAUUUCUGCAAAUAAUGAAUGUUUUUAUCAAAGUGGUGGGAAAUUUGUUCAGGAAUCCUGUUCAACCUUGAACAACUUUGUUUGUAAAACAUAUUACUGUUUCACAUUCAAACAUCCUUCCAUUCAAGAAGCUUCCUUCCUGAUUAAUAUAAAAGCAAGCGUGUUUCACUCAAAUUGGCCUCCCCCGGAAAAAUUAGUGCAUCCGAUGCGUAUCGCUGUACAGUUUCAAGUUUGACCCAUCCGCAUUUGCGUCUCUUUGGAUUGCAACUUACCGCCGGCGCCUGAGGGAGGAACACGUUUUUGGUAAACAGACGUCUUUCUCUGGAUCCAUUGUACAUAGGUCAAAAAGCCGGCAUGUUUGAGGUUCUUUUUUCGUUUGAUUUGAUUUUAAAAGCUUUUGAUUGCCUUUUGUAGAAGCUAACAAAUUUGAAAGAUUUUUCAAACGAUGGAAACAUUUGUGAUCCAAUUAACGAUUGAUGUUUGAAAAAAAGCAAUAAGAAAAAUUGAAAAACUUUUUGGAGCAAAUUUGACUGUUUCGUUAGUUUGAAAAUGCUUCGAUUCACUGAAGAAGAUGCAUAUUUUUUUGCCAUUUUUUUGAAGAAUUUUUUUCUCAUAGUUCUCAAAAAAACUACAACUUGAUUCAUUCUCAAGAUUUUUAAAGGACGUUAUUUUCAUAUAAAGAAAGUAGGGAAAAAUUGAAAGUUGAUUGUUCAAUCCGUUCCAUCCUUCAAUGAAACCAUCUCCCAAUCCCAUUUAUCUACGCCCAUCAAUCAAAUCCAAUCAUAAUACAAAGUUUCUUUUCUAAUCACGACUAAAAAGAAAGAAGAUCAGAAAAACGAAGGGCGCGAUUCGCUUUUUGUUUGGUUGGCCUCCAAGGAACGCGGCAAUGGGUCUUUAGGGGAGGGAUUUGAAACACGCCAAUAUCGGCAUCCACUUUUUUCUUCCUCUUUUGCAAUCAACCGGUAUCUUCUUGUAUUCUGUUGUUCGUCGGCUAUAAGUUCUGAGGUCUAACUUUCAUUAUUGGUCGUGUUGAAUAGAAUUGAUAUCAUUAUUAGUAUGGGAUUCUUAAUCGAGAAGUCUCCAAUUUCAUGAGCUCUGCUCUAAUUUUUCUUGAAACUGUUUCGAUUUCUCAAACAAUAUCUUAUUUUUACAGUUUUUUUGCACGAUUCCUUCUCCCCAGGCUGUGUACUGUUUCAGGUCAAGAUAAUCUUCUAGCUGUUACCGGCUCAUAAUCAACCUAUAUCUAGCCAUUUUCCGUCUCAAGUCUUUUUGUACAUGUUGAAUUGUUUUUCUCGUGUUUACAAAACUUUAUAUUCUUUAAAAAAAUAGUUUUUCAGCCUCAUGGACCGGCUCGGUCCAAAGGAAGAAAGCGGCUUUGAGGGCCGAGGCCGACCGGCUGAGAAAACUCGCUGUGAUCGGUUGGUUAUUUCAUCGAAUAUUCCAAAUUUAAACUGUUUUUCAUAUAAGAUAUGUUUUAAAAAUGCUUUUCGAUCUUUUAAAAUGGUCAGUAUACAACACUUACUUUUAUGUGCUUAUAAGAAUUUAUUAUUUCUUUAUGCAAUGUGAAAAAACAAAAUGCUGAAAAUGGAUAGUGAUGAACGAACUUUCUGGACUUCAGCAAGAAUCUUGGGAAGAUUUUUGAAAAAUCAAAGAAACAUUGAACUUUUUUGAGGUGUCGCAAUGUCCAUCGGCGCCGCUGUGAUUUGCGUUCUGACAGUUCCUCUCGUCUACAAUUACGUUCAACACAUGGAAACUCUCCUCCAAGAUGAAGCCGACUUUUGCCGGGUUUGCUUUGCCUCCUCAGAAGCGGUCCAUAAAUCUCUUCCGGCUGAGUAUGCGCAAACAAGCUUGGAAAGUGGUUGGGUCUAAAUCUUAAUUGAUAAGAUAAAGCGUGGAUUUGGCGUUUUUUUCUGCCAAAGCUGUUCGUGCGCAAAAAAACUGGAUUUUUUUGUCUGGGAUAACGACCGUAGCGAACUUUUUUUUUUAGGUGCAAUGUGAAUGGCAAAAAAAGGAAUGGUUUUUUUCAUGUAAGAAAUUUCAUUAGACACCUGUAACUUGGAAUAAAAAAAUCAUCUUUUUUUCAAUAUUAUGGCUUCUUUUCUCUAAUUAUUCAUGAUAAAACCUUAGAUUUCAGUCUCAAUGUUAAAUAAAAAAGUUUUAACUCAUACAGCUGUACAGAUUUCUUCAUUUGGCCACUGAUAAAUUCAAUCAGUUAUUUUUUUCAAAGUACAGCAACUUUUCCCUAAGAUUCUUGAAGUGCGAGGAACGAAAAAAGUUCAUCAGAGGAGGAAGAACGACCACCCGCAGAUAUCUUAAUAUCUUUUUUGGACGGGUUUUUCUCGGGCAUAGACAUACGCAAUCCAUGCGUACAAUGGCAGCAAAAAAAUUACCCAUCUUACGUCAAAUUCCUGCUUUUUUGACUUGUGAAUAGGAGAGAAACUUUUUGCUAGGCUUCUCAAGAGUUUAGACAAAUUUUAAGAAGAUUUUUUGUGGAAAAAACCCUUUCUUUGACUUUUUGAGAAUGUUUGCGCUGAAUAUAUUGAUCACACAAGUUAGGAAAGAACUUCCAGAUGCGCAGCAACAAAGUCUGGGACGAAGUCUCGAAAGCUCGAAUAGAACGCGGCGUUGGACAAAGAGACAGGAGACACGCCUACGACGGCUACUCGGCUAGUUACGGUACCUACGAAACAGUUCCGCUGAAAGUCUACAAGUCAGCUGAACUCACCGAGCAUCGAGAAGAACGCGACGACAGCGCUCAGAGAGCUCAAUCUCAAUGUGAGUUGUAGAACCAAAAUAAUUCUUCCCAGUUGGAAUUCGAUCAUUUUUGAAUAUUUGAGGAGACAUCGAGUUUGGAAAUGGAAAAAUAUUAUGAAAAAAUAAGUUUUCAGGCUGUGGGUGCGGUUUUGGAGCUCCUGGUCCUUCCGGAGAAAACGGAAAGGACGGUCGAGACGGUGAAGAUGGAGAGCAAGGACCUGACGGCACACCUGGGCCUGAUUCAAACGAACAAACCUAUAACCCACUCGACGAGUUUUGUUUCGAAUGUCCGCCUGGAGCUCCAGGUCCAGUUGGCCCUCCAGGACCGAAAGGAAUGCCCGGGCUGCAAGGCCGAAACGGAAGAGACGCUGACGGAGGCCCACGAGGACAACCAGGCCCGCCAGGACCUCCAGGACCGAGGGUGAUUAGGACCAUUUGGAGAUAUUUUAUCAUCAUUGUGUUGUUUUUUUUUAAAAGACAGCCAAGGGAUUCACUGAUUGACUUCAUGGUUCCAGCUGAUCGUUUUUUUGGUUCAGAUUAAUAAGUUGAAUGUUAAUUCAUGAUUUUGACUUCGCUAGAGUUGACUGAAACUUGAUUAUUCGAAACACUUCUAAAAUUGUUCGGUUGUUUCGAGUUGUUUCGUAGUAAUGAGCUUAUGAAUGGCGGGCAGGAAGUAUGCGAAAAAAAAAUCCGUCAAGGAAAGUCAGUUUAUUUUGAAUCAAACCGAGAGUUGUUAAGGGAGAGCCCGGACCGAAAGGCUAUGAAGGAGAAGGCGGACCAGAUGGAGCUCUUACCAUGGAGCAAGUUGGGCCACCAGGACCACGCGGACCUCCAGGUUUAAAAAUAAAACGGAAAUCCACGAAAUCUGUACUCUAGGACCGGCCGGACCGGAAGGACCGCCUGGAAAAGAGGGACCGGCCGGAAAGCAAGGACCAGAAGGCCCAAUCGGAGAAGAAGGACCGCCAGGAAUGCCAGGAGCGCCAGGAAGACCUGGACCGCCUGGAAGGCCAGGAAUUCUUGGAGAACGUGGUCCUUCCGGCCCAUGUACUCACUGUCCUAAUCCUAGAACAGCUCCUGGCUAUUGA